CACUCAGCUGCACGGCAGGGCAGGGCCACACAAUCACUGAAGAGCUGCUGCAGCAGGACAUGAUGGUGCUUUGAAGGACUACUCUACCACGCAGUCCACAAUGAAUUUCUCUGGACUUCCACGACAGGCCAGCCAAGACAGCUACAUUCUGGAUAAUACUCAGAAGAAGAAAAGCUCUCUGUGGUACCGGCGCUCUUUGAGGGGGAGCAGCGAACGACACCGGCAGAACACGGGCUCUCUGCGCAAGCCCAAACAAACCUCUGCCAACUCGCUGGUUGAUUACACUGACCCACAAAGGACCGCGAUUGUGCUGGAAAAGCAAGACAACGAAACAUUUGGUUUUGACAUUCAGACUUAUGGCCUGCAGCUGAAAAACAGCUCUGCAGUGGAGAUGUGCACGUUUGUGUGCAAGGUGCAGGAGGACAGUGCGGCUGAGAGUGCCGGCCUGACCGCAGGUGACAUUAUCAUCACUAUAAACGGGGCCAGCAUUGAGGGAUCAUCUCAUCAGCGCGUACUUGACCUGAUAAGAGAAUCAACAAACAGUCUAAAGAUGGAGACUGUAUGUGGAAACAUAGUGAAGAAGAUCGAGCUGGAGAAGAAGAUGAACCAGCUUAAGCAAUCACUACGUGAGAAAUUGGUGGAGCUGCAAGCGCUCACAUUACAGGAAAAGCGGCUAACGCGAGGUAACUUAAACGACAACAGUCUCCACCUCUCGACGGACUCUUUAGGCGUCCUGAGUUCCCCCCUGAACCGCCGUGGUCGGCGUUUUUCCAGUGACAGUAGCUACAGGAGCGGGAUGACGGAUGACAGUGACCAGGCCAGUGUGUUUGGAGAUGUGAGCUCCCCCAGUCCCUUCAGUGCAGCCAGCACCACGGACGAAAGCUGCUUCUUCUCCAGAGACCUCUCUUCACUGGACGGCGGGUUUUCAUCGAGCUCCAGCCGACAUCACCAACUCCUCAGCCGCUCCAGCAGCUCCAGUUUGGCUGGCAGCAGCACCUCCCUCUCUCCUUCCUGGGAGGAAACAAGGAUCUCAUCCUUGUUUGGGACUCUGCCCAGGAAAGCCAGGAGAACCAAUGUACGCAAACACAUCCUCAAGUUAAUUCCUGGACUCCAGCGAUCAGUUGAAGAGGAGGAGACGGGAACCAACACUCAGUGACUUAUUAAAGGUGGCAGAAAGAAAUGGACUCAGAAAUAAAGAGCUUCCCACCUUCUAAAAACUGACUACAUGGGAGCAGAGAGAGAAGACAGACAUUUAGUUUGACAUUUGUUCAGGGCCAAAAUGUACAAAAACGCUCCCUGAAACUGUAGCUGAGCCCGGCUUGCUGCUUGGCUUAAUGCACAAAAGCAUUAUGAAAAUGAGCAACGGUUAAAUGAAUGUACAGAUGACAGAAUGUAAAGUAAAAUAGAUGAAAAUAUGUGUCCUACUAACUUGAAUCAAACAGUUUUUCUUCCCCAUGCCCUAACCUAGAGAGCGUGGUUAGCAUUAAUCAGAGCAGAUUCAGUAUUCAUGUAGCACCCUGAAUUUUAAAACGAGACCAUUGUGACAUAAAGUACAUUAGAGCCACGCUGCGUUAUUUUUAGUGUUUAACAUUUAAGCAGCACUUAGGAGUUGCUCAGGUGCUAAAAACCAAACCCAAACCUCAACACCAUAUAGAUGGCUGCUCAGCUCAAAACAGGAUGUGGGUAGAACAAUACUACUUAGCUGUUUUCAUUUUCAAAACUAUUUUCAGGCGACAUGCGGCUCAGUUUCAACGUUCAGUUUCUCGUAAAAUCUGAAUGAUCUGAAAAAUAGUGAUGUUUUACUUUCAGUGGCAAGAAAAUGCAACUUUGCAAAGAUCGUGUUUUUUUUUUGAUUAAUGCUUCAUCUUUUGCAAUCGAAUCAAGAUUAUAUGUAAAAAAUGUUAAACAAUAAACUUGUAAACUGGUC